CGGCGGCGGCGGCGGCUCGGCCCCGGGUGCCCCAGGGCCGCCUGGAGCCCGAGGAUUCCCCGCGGCUCCUGCCGAGCGCCGAGCAUCCUUCCUGCCUUCCUGCCUGCCUUCCCCGGGCCGCCCGACUGCGACCGGCACCGGCAGCACCGCCGGCACCGGCAUCACCACCGGGACACCACAACCGACAUCACCGCCGGCAUCACCACCGGGACACCACAACCGACAUCACCACCGGGACACCACAGCCGACAUCACCGCCGGCAUCAGCGUCGGGAUCGACACCGAUACCACCACCGGCAUCAGCAUCGACACGGGCACCCCCACCAACACCGGCAUCAGCACCGGCACCAGAACCGGCAUCAACAGCGGCCCCGGGAUCAGCACCGGCCCCGGCCCCGACCCCGACACCAUCCUCGGUACCGACACCAACACCCGUGCCGGUGCCGCCGGUGUCACCAGCCGGGUCACCGUCCCGCUCCCACGGCACCUGAGCCCCAGGACACCGAGGGGACCUGGGCUUGUCCUCCCUGGGAUUCCCAGCGGGACACAGGUCAGAGCCGGAGGGGACCCAUCCAGGAGCAAUCCCUGUGUCCCGUGGGGUCCCUCCCUGGGCCAGGGAGUGGAGCAGGACCCUGGGCACGGGGGACACGUGGCACCAGACCAGGCUGGAGGGUGCCCGGGUUAACAUGACCGAGGUGGAACCUGUGCUGGACUUCGCCUCCUCCGGCAGGACGGGCCGGCGCAAUGCCCUGCCCGACAUCCUGGGCUCGCCCGCCGGCGUCAGCCCCGCUGACCUGCCCCUCAAACUGGCUGAGAUGUCCCUGAGUGCAGGCAGCGCCCAGGAGAUGCAGUCUCCCUCGGCGGAGGUGCCCCCUCCGCAGCCGCCCAGCCCCGAGCUGAAGGACACGUCCUAACCCCGCCCCGGGGGGACUUUGCUGACCAGCGGAGGGAGGAGGGGGCUGCGGGGCACCAGCCCAGCUUUCCUGGCACGGCCGGAGUCCGCUGGGAUUUCCUCGGUGCUGCCGCAGCCCAGACCCUCGAGUGCCACCCCCGCCACGGGGAGCGGCGGGCGCGGUGGGGACACGGGGGGGACCUGCCGUGACAAAGGGGCGAUUCCCACCCACGCCCUGGGCCAGGACUCGGAGGGGGGAAUUUUUUUUGCCCCUCCAGG